AUGCAGCAGGCCGCCCUAGGAGAGCCCAAGGGUCGAUCCAAUUGGCAACGUGCCAGUGUUCCCUCGACUGUGCUCCGGAGCACCUGGAAGCUUCCUCGGUCGCCGACCCCACAUUUACCGCUGGAGAGAGAAGCUGACGAGAUCACUACCGUCGGUGACGAAUGCCCUCAUUCACACCCACUCUUAUUCUCACCCGCGCCCUCACUCUAG